ACUUCCACCCUUCUUCGGUCUCUCUUACUUUUUAACUUGUUCUUUAAGUCGACUCUCUUUAUACAAAAGCUCCUUCACCCCCAAAUCUACAGAGCUCACACAAUAAUAGAAUCGCUUAACAAAAAUUUACAGAACGAUGGAGUGUGUUUUCGGUAUGGUCUGUGAUGGAUUCGUUCUAGUUGCCGCUGAUACAUCUGCAGUAAACAGUAUCUUGGUUCAUAAAUCUGAUGAAGACAAAAUCAUGGUUCUUGAUUCUCACAAACUCCUAGGAGCUAGUGGUGAAAGUGGUGAUAGAGUUCAAUUUACUGAAUACAUUCAAAAGAAUGUAUCUUUGUAUCAGUUUAGAAACGGGAUUCCGCUGACUACAGCAGCGACUGCUAAUUUUACUCGUGGGGAACUUGCUACUGCUUUGCGAAAGAAUCCAUACUCUGUAAACCUGCUUCUGGCUGGUUACGACAAGGAGACUGGACCAUCACUUUACUACAUUGACUACAUUGCUAGCUGUCACAAGGUUGAGAAGGGUGCCUUUGGAUAUGGUGCUUAUUUCUCUCUCUCCAUGAUGGACAGACACUACCGCAGUGGGAUGUCUUUAGAGGAAGCUACUGAUUUGGCCGAAAAAUGCAUCGUUGAGAUUCGGUCCAGGUUGGUUGUGGCCCCACCAAACUUUGUAAUCAAAAUUGUUGACAAGGAUGGAGCUAGGGUGCACAAAUGGGUCGACUCCAUCAAGGACGAGGGCGCUGCGGCGGUGGCUGCAGCUCUUGCUGCUGCUUAAGUUCCUUAGGGAUUUGCUCAAAACUUGUUUAAUGCUUUUCUGUAACUGGGGUAAUCUGGAGAUUAUUUGUUAAAUUGGGAUGGAAGGACAGAGCUUACGUAUAUGUUAUGUUUAGAAUUGUCACAUACUUGCUAUUAUCUAUCUUAUACCCAUGGCAAAUUUAUGUAGGCAGGAAGGUUAUGGUCUAGAGCUCAUUCUGUAGAGCUGGGAAAUUUUAGCCUUCGUCUGAGACUCUGAAGGCAGGCUUGUCUUCAUCCACCUCUGUGGUCAGUGUGCGGACAGAAUGCUACUCUUGCUCUCUAUAUUUACCGGUUUUUAGUUCAUCGUUUUUAUCUUGUCAAUUGGUCUUUUUGGUCUAGGUGAACUUUCACAUGAUGAAGUUCUCGUAGAAAGAAAGGGUUGCAUUGUUUUAUUUUUUGCUGUGUUAUGAGUGAAAAGUUGCCUGCAUAUUGUUGCAGAGUAAUGUCAUGGUCAUGUGGUUCAUGGCUCGUUCUGUGGUGGCAUGCAACCAGCAGAAGGAUGUAUUUAUAUUUCUGUUCGAAUUAAUUAACUGUUUUUAACAGUUAA